AUUCUUCCCCUCGUCGGAACGGAAAACAAGCGAGACCUAAUUCGAAUGGGCGAUCCUUCGGAAGCCGGCAUUCUUUCAAAUAUAGAAGAACUCAGUACACACCUGCUACAUGCAACCACACACGGUACGAUACGACCAUCGCAAGGCCUAGGCGCCUAAUUUACGUACAACGGACAAAAUGCUUUUCAAUUCUACGUUGAUCGCCUCAGAGCGUCUCGCAAUUGCUGCUCGGUUGAAAUCAGUUGAUAGUGGACUGUUGCCAUGCAGCUAUAUCACCGCGGCUAUUGCUUGUACCGCCAUUCUGACUGUGGGUAUCCUUAUUGCAUUUUUCUGUGAGAAGAAAUCUGCCCUUGCGGAGGAGGGAGAACAAUGGAAACGGACGGAUGGUAGCAACAAGCCGUCGAAUGCAACUCUCCCGUUCGAUACAAAAACAAUACAUACGCCAAUACAAACACCAAAGAAGAAUAGACCAAUAUUCACCCGGCACUGCACACCAGUGGUUUACCCCACUGUGAAGGUGCCACCAUCACCAUCCCCACUGUAUGAUAUUGACAUUGACGAAGCAAUUUUGCGCUCGCCAUCAGUGUCUACGUCAGCCCUGCUGUUAAGCGAAGAUUGCGUGGCUAGCCCCCCUCUCUCGGUAACAAAGCGUCUCGCAACCCUUGUCACGACCCCGGCUAAAUCCGUAUGGCGCGCUCUGAGGCACUCGGAGCCUGAUGCGAGCCCGUUUGGUCCGUGCUACUCUCCAACAACUGCUGCGUCACCCAUUUUAGAGGCGGAAACGCAUGGGGCCUGGCUGGAAGAUGAGGAGAACGAUAAUUUGGAAGGAAUACCUGUGAGACGAAUUGACGAGUUUUUGCGUACAGGGUUAGAUGAUACGGAGGAAAUUUGGGAUAUUCGAUGAGCUGCAGAGAAGAAUGCAUGUAGAUUUUUUUAAUUUGGUUUAUUUGUACAGAUCGAUCCUAAUGAAUGCAAAGCUCUUCUUUAAUAAUACUCGCAAAUAUGUUGCUUGGUCGCGUCUACUUUUGUCAUUUCCCUAGAUAUAAUCAUAUCGCAUAAUCAGCACCCCCUCUAUUGC